AUGAUGUUCUUUGAGCAAACAAUGAAGGGACUAGCUCGUCGCGGACAUCAAGUUGACGUCAUUAGUGUCUUUCCUCAGAAGCAUCCCUAUCCCAAUUAUACUGAUUUGGAAAUUCCUCCAAUCUCACCGAAAUUGGUCAACAACAUGACUUUUGAUUUUGUUAAGACUUUCUUUGAAGACGUCAAUAUUGUUUACUACGUCUCUGAUACUUUUGGAAACGGGGUUUGUGAAAAAGGAUUUAAAAAUCCGGUUGUGCAGAAGUUGAUCAGAAAUACUUCCAAUCCGCCUUAUGAUUUGGUCAUCGUUGAGGUGAUCGCGAAAAUGAAAGUGGUGAUAUCAUUUAUCGCGGUAAUUUUGUUUAAAAUUGCGGGAUGUCAUGGCUUACGCAUUUUGGGAAUUUUCCCAUUGAAUGCGAGAAGUCACAUGAUGUUCCACGAACAAACGAUGAAGGGACUGGCCCGCCGUGGUCAUCAGGUCGAUGUUGUCAGCACUUUUCCUCAGAAAAAGCCCUAUUCAAAUUACACCGAUUUGGAAAUUCCUUCGGCACUGCCUAAAUUUGUCAAUAACUUGACCUACGACUUUGCGAAGGCCAAAUUGGAGAAUAAUUUGGUGUAUUUUAGUGCGCAUGAAGGCGGAAACAUUCUUUGUGACAAGGGGUUGAGAAAUUUGAACCUUUUGAAUAUUGUGCACAACACACAAGAUCCGCCGUAUGACCUUGUGGUCAUUGAGAAUCUGUUAAUAAUCCUUACAAUCUUGGCAAACUGUCAUGGCUACCGAAUUUUGGGAAUUUUCCCCUGGAAUAGCCGUAGUCACAUGAUGUUCCACGAGCAAACGAUGAAAGGACUGGCUCGUCGAGGGCAUCAGGUUGACGUAGUCAGUAUUUUUCCUCAGAAAAAGCCCUAUCCAAAUUACACCGACAUAGACAUACCUUCCGCUACACCUGAGUGGACCAAUACGGCAACUUAUGGACUCAUGCUAGAAAUCAUGCGGUCUGGUAUAAUUCAUGUUCUAGCCACUGUGUUCGGAAACUUUUAUUGUGAAAAGGGCUUGGAAAAUCCCAAAGUUAGAGCGCUAAUUGAAAACACGAACAAUGUUUCAUAUGAUCUGGUUAUUGUUGAGUCUAAAUAA